AAAGCGUGCAAUCGCCAAUUUUAAAAAUUGUUCUUAUGGUUUACAUUAGAAUUUCUAUACAAGUAUAAUAUCUAAUAGAAUACCUAUAGGUUUAUUUAAAGUAUCUAUCAUGGAUUGGAUGUACGAUGGUACACGAGUACAAAAAGACGACUAUCUUUUGGGGAAGAAAAUUGAUAAAAAAUAUGGUGAAAGCACAGAUAAUGAUUCAAUUUUACCACCAAAGAUAUGCUCAACAGAUAAAUUUUCUCAAGUAGACUUGACAAAAAAAAUUUCAGAGGAUCCAUUGGUAAAUAUAAAAAAGCGAGAAAUUGAAGUUGCACAAAAAAUUCUUCAAAAUCCAAUGCGUUUGAAAAAACAACAAAAUAUUCAAAAAGAAAAACAUACUAUUGAUGAUCAUCAGCUAGAUAUGAUAUUAGUUAGCCGUUUGAAAUCAUAUGAAAAAGCUGGAUUAGAUCUCGCAAAAAUAUUGUCAAUUACCAAACAUAAAGAAAAAAAAGAACAUAAAAGAAAACACAAGACAGAUAAAUCUAGUUCUGAAGAAGAUGAAAAAAAUGUCGAUGAAAAAUUGACAAACAAGAAAAAAAAACAACUACAAAAGUCAGGUAGUUUUGAACGAGAGAACAAAAAACAAAACGAUAAAAAAUCUAGUAAAUAUGAAGAUGACAAGCAUAAAGACAACAAAAAUAAAAGGGAAAGAAAGACAUCAAUUUCAUCUUCAGAUGAUAAAGUUUCUUCUAAGAGAAAUAAAUUAACAAAAGAAUAUAAACAUCAUAAGAAUGAUAACCAAAAACAUAAAGAUCAUUAUAGAAAUCAUAGAUCAGUUAGUACUGAUAGAGAUAAUAAUUUUCAGGGUUAUAAAAAUAAAAGAAAUGAACGUAACAGAUCUAUCUCAAAAGAAAAAUAUGAACAAAAUGAUAAAAUUUCAAAAAAUAAACAUAGAAAUAAUCAUUAUGUUGGUGAUGAUAAUAACAAAAAGUAUAGUGAUGAUAUGAAAAAAGAUAGAAAAUAUAAAGAGCAAGAAUUUAAAAGUAGAGAGAAAAGACAUGAUAAUAAAAACAAACGAACAUUAAGUUCAGACAGAGAACUGGAACAUAAAAAAACAAACAGUACCUCUGAACAUGGUAAAUAUAAGACUAAAAAUAAUGACCAUAAUCAUAGAUCAAACAGUUCUGACAAAGAACACGAGUCAAAAGUUUCUAAGGAUUCAAUAAAUAGGCAUGGUCAUCAUAAAAAAUUGAAUAGUCGAAGAAGUAGAUCACCAGAGAGUCCCCCAAAAGGGAACAAACAUCUCAAAACAAAUGAAAUUAAAAAAGAUAAAAAAAGACAAAAUUCCAGUAGUUCAUCAAGUUCAGAUGAUGAAAGAAAGAAAAAUAGUACAGUGAAGCAGAUCUCCAAACAUCGACAUAGUCCAGAACUUCAAUCAGAUAGUGACAAAGAUGAACAUGAAGGCAACAAGAACUAUGGAUUAUAUGUGCCUAAUGGCAAAAUUGUAAGAAAGUCAUCUAUUAGUCCAACACCUCUAAAAGAGAAAAAAAAUUCAAGUAUUGUUCGACCCAAAUCGCCACCUGCCAAGAAAAGGAAAUUGACUGAAAAAGAAAUGGAGAAAAUGAGAAUGGAAAUGAUGGAAAAUGCUAAAGUUAGAGAUAAAGAACGCUCCUCUAAUGUAAAACGUUACAGAAAAGAAGAUAAAAAAGAGGAGGAAAAACAAAAACCAUAUAAUAAAGAUUUUUUAAUUAAACAAAUGGCACAUGCAGCUUCACAAGUUAGUGUUGAAAGAAGUAUCAAGUCAAAUGUUAAUAAACUACAAAAAAAUAAUAAUAGUAUUGCUGAUUAAUCUUGUGUAUUUAUAUGUAAAUUAUCAAUAUUGUUUUUUUUUUUUUAAUUAACGUUUCAUUGAGAUCAUUAUAAUUUUAAUAUUUGUAUUUUUAUGCAUUUUAUGUAAUAUGUAUACUAUUAUUAAUGCCAUUAAAGUUAAUAUGAUUUAUUUACUUUGUAUUUACUGUAUGUAAAUUAAAAAUACAUGUAUGAGUACUUGACUCUCGAAUUAACUUAAAGAAAUGUCAACAUUAUUUGUUUUCUUUCAGAGCCAUGUGCAGUUUAGAAAAUUUGAGUUUAUCAGAACAAAUCUUGUGAUGAUAGCUUUGAUAUUAGUGUGAAUUAAACUUUACUAUUAUUAAAUUUAAAACACAAAACAUAAUAUAUGUUUGAAUGUUAAUUUUUUUUUAUAAAGUAUUGAUUUGUAACAUUUCACAUAUUAUAACUUAAAUGAAAAUUGAAAUAUUGUAGAAAAACUCGACAUAAAAUCACGAUUCAUUUUUCUAACUUUAAGUUUGAUAAUAACUUAAUUCACUUCAUACAAACAAAAAUAUAAAAUACUUUAGUUCUAUGACAUAUCUAUGAUUCACUUCAAUAUUGAAGUUAAUAACAUAAGAUUGAUUCUGUUUGAUAUAAAUUUUGUUGUGGGAUGGUAAGAGAGAAAAUAAAUAGUGCGCUGACAUCCUUUUAAUCUGGUGUGCAUUAAUGAUUGAAUUUUAAUGAGAUAAUUGUUUCUGUUUAACUGAAAUAUAAUAACUUAUAAAUAUGUAUUCCAAAUUUGAAUGACAAA